AUGGGCAUCUAUGGUCUGUUGCCAUCGCUUGCCUCGCGAGUGCUCGUAGAAGGUGGGAGAAGAAGUGAUAAUCGAAAGGGGCAAAUUCAGCGGAGUGUGGUGGGUGCGGUAAAGCAUGCCAUCCGUACGUCGCCACUCAGCCUCUGCCGAUCGGCCUAUGUGUGGUCGAGCGUUGUCAUGUUGGAAGUAGAAAACGGCCUGAUUCCCGCGUCUAUAUUCGACGCUGAAUCUAAGCUUUCGCAGCUGAGAUUCAGCGUUCAGUGUAGGUAUUGGGGUAGUACGCCCCUUUUGGUAAAAGUUCCCAGAGCUCUAUCCAUUUUUCUCAUCGAAUUCAUGAAAAACGAAUAGAACUGAAAAAAAAGCGUUUCCAGAUAGAUGUCCCGACGACACCUGGAAGAUGUUUGCGCGUACAGGAGGCCGUUUUUGGUGCAUGAAAGUAUGUUUGAAAUGAAAAAAAACGAAAAGUGAAGGUGAUUCAAACUUGCAUAGUUUAGAAGUCAAGAAAUAUUUUAUUCGUCCUAAUUAACGGAUGAAAUGGUCUCGAGGUUUCAAUAUUGAUAACAUUGAACCAGUUUCAAUUCAAAUUUAUUAAGACAUCAGAGAACAUUGAACCAGUAGGCCGGAAAAUUUCGAAAAUUUUUUCUAAUUAAGCAGGGAAUGUUCUCAGCUCACAGGAGACUUCCAGAUGAGACUAGGUUCGCUAGUUCUAGUUUUUACGCUGAUUCUUCCCUCAAAUUUUGCCAUCGAGGUCUGCCAAAAAGUGGUGGGCUUUCAAAAGUCAAAAAUAUCAGUGUCUCUGAUCGAGCUCAUUUUUGGAGAGUUCCACUUCUUCUCCUGAGUGAGGGAAAAUAUGUAGAAUUGAAGGCUCUUCGAGGUACAGGCAGAAAAUUCGCUACUUUUCUCGAAACUUUAGUGAGCUUUUCUGCUUGAAACUUUUUGGAAGCUUCAUUUUUCACCGAACUGAUUUUAGUACAAUGAUGGGCGGCUCACCAGAGACGAUGCAGAGAAGGCUUGCCAAGCACAAAAUGGAACUUUGACUGGAUUUGAGAACGAGGAAGAAUUUGCCUACAUUCGAGGUAAAGUUGUUUUAAUUGUAUAGUCGAUCCUUCGCAACUUGAAAUGGGUGAAUUAGCAAGAUUAAAGCGUUACAAAUGCGAUGUGGCUUUUUGGCGGGGAGUCACUUUUUUCUGAGUUCAAUUUUUACAGUUAUUCAAUAAUUUUGACCUUUUUAUGGCUUUGAAAAAAUUUGUUGUGUUUCUUAUCUCUCAACUUUUCUCUCAAUUGGAAAAGUUUACGAAAAAAAAGUAUAAAAAUAAAAAAAAACCUUAUGUAUUAUCUGUACUUUUCCCUGGCCUCGAGUUUUUUAGUUAAAAGCCGCGUCGCGUACGCAACGCGUCACCCUUGUCAAUCUACUCCUCUCUGCUUUCAAGCCGGGGAAAACUGAGUAUAUUACAUCUACAAAAAGCUGUUUUCUCUCUCCCAUUGACUUUGUAUUUGUGACUUUUUCGGGACUAUAUUCAUUUUCUUGAUUCUUUUAUAACUUUCCUGGUUCUCUUCCUCCCCGCCACAGAUCUGUCUGUGAGCGAACAAUAAACAUUUCAUUUCAACUUCUAAAUAAAUGAAAAUGGAAAUUUUCUGUGACGGACGACUGCGAAAUGUUUGAAAUUGCUUUUUUUUUCCUUUAUCAGAGUUUUUCUCGAACGAUCAGCUUUUUCUCAACUUUUAGACACGGCAUUCGAAGCGUUCAAAAAGUUCAACCUGUCAGAUGGAGGAUCCUACUGGCUUGACGGCAUCCGGAGCCCCAACUGCCACGGACCUAACAACAAUAAUUGCACUCGUUUGAAUGUCCAUAUCCAAGCUUCGUUUUCCAACAGAAAAUUGAAAAGUUUUCAGGCCUUCCAAUGGUCCAACAACCUCACCCAAGGAACAUUCGCGUUCACAAAAUGGUUUGCGGCCGAGCCGAACAAUAGUCCUGAUAAGUAAGUUUAUUUCGAGCCCAGCUAUUUUAACCUUGAUUUUUUUCGUGGCGGAGAAGAAAACUGUGUUGAAGGCACUCUCAUUUACAAUCUCCCAGACCUUCUCGGACUAAUUGCCGACAUCAAGUGAGCUUCACAAUCAAUUUACCAUUUCAAGCCCUGUAUUUCCAGAUGCUCUCAGAUAGACGUAAGACCCGGCCUGUACCCAGUUGCCGCCAUAUACGGAUACUUCUGUGGAGCAUCGGCGAAAAAGAUCGGAAGCAAAAAUGAUGAUGGAGACUGUGAGUUGAGGAAAAUAUUAUUUUUCGUAACAAAUCUUCAAGGUUCAUCGGAAAAGGACGGCCGUGGACGGAAUCGAAGAAAACCUGGUCAUCAUUCUUCUGAAGAGAGAAGAAGACCUGGCCACCACUCUUCAGAAAAGAAAAGAAGACCUGGUCAUCAUUCUUCUGAAGAGAGAAGAAGACCUGGUCAUCAUCCUUCUAAAGAGGGAAGAAGACCUCGUCAUGAUUCUUCUAGAGAGAUAAAACGACAUCCCACUCCUGAGAAAAUCAAAGCUCGUUCUUGA